CUCACACACAUAUAUAAUAUACAGUCGGCAGAACACAAGUCCAUCGCCUCAACGCAACACUCACCAUGCCCGAGAGAAUCACCCUCUACACUGCCAAGAUCUGCCCCUUUGCACAGAGGACGGAGAUCGCCCUGCACGAGGCCAAGGCAGACUUUGUUAGGUAUGAGAUUGACCUCCAGAACAAGCCCGAGUGGUACGCGCCUAAGGUGAACCCCGCGAGCAAGGUCCCCGCGAUCGCCUACGGCGGCCCCGAGGCCCCGCCCGACGAUCCCUCGCCCCAGUCGGUCAAGCUCGCCGAGUCGCUCAUCCUCGUCGAGUUCAUCGGCGACCUCUUCCCCCAAGCGAGCAUCCUCCCCGCGGACCCCGUCAAGCGCGCCCAAGCGCGCUUCUUCGUCGACGUCGUCUCGAACAAGCUCGUCCCCGGCUACCACCAGUACCUCCAGGGCAAGAGUUCCGCCGACGACCUCUACAAGGUCGUCGAGUCUCUCGAGUCCCUCCUGCCGUCUGAAGGUUUUGCCGUGGGCGAAUACUCGCUCGCAGAUAUCGCGAUCACGCCCUUCCUCGCGCGCGCACGCGUUGCGCUCUCCUACGACCUCGGGGCGUACCCUCAGGGCGAGGGCCCGAAGGUCCUUGAGGCGCUGACCAACAAGCAGGGCAAGUUCCCGCGGUUCGCUAAGUACUUCGAGGACCUGCUCGCCCGGGAGAGCUUCAAGGCUACCUUUGACGAGGCGUACCUUACCGAGAGAUACAAGGCUCGCUUUGGGAACCUCAGGAACCAGCAGUGACUGACUGGGACGAAACUGUAGCUAUACCUGUACGAGUAGAUAAAGGCGAAUGCAGAAGUCACGCACAUCUUGAGCACUAAGAGAUACGCAAACUCACC